GCGAAGUACUCGCGCGAAGUGAGGACCUAGCGAAGGCCAGCCGCACUGGGUCAGAGAUUCGCAGACAUGUCGAACGGAGGGAUCGGGAUUGCCAACUUGCCGAACCAGCGGCACAAGCUCGUCGCUCAACGAGGUGCUCACUUCACCCUCAUGGUCGUCGGCGAGUCCGGUCUCGGCAAGACGACGCUGAUCAAUACACUCUUUUCCACUGAGCUCGCCUCUCCUCGCGCCUACCAUACCCGCCAUCAGAAGCAGUUCUCAAAGGAAACAGAGAUUGACAUCAUUCGUGCCGAGCUCGAAGAGAAGAACUUCAAAGUCAAGCUGACCGUCAUCGAUACUCCCGGCUUUGGAGACUAUGUGAACAACCGCGAGUCAUGGACGCCCAUCAUCGACUUUCUGGACGACCAACAUGAGAGCUUUAUGAGACAAGAGCAGCAGCCUCAGCGCUCAGACAAGCUCGACAUGCGCGUCCAUGCCUGUCUCUAUUUCAUCCGACCGACCGGUCAUACCCUCAAACCACUCGACAUUGAGAUCAUGAAGCGCCUCGGCACGCGUGUCAAUCUCGUACCCGUCAUUGCAAAGGCAGAUACGCUUACGCCAGAAGCGCUUCAGGGCUUCAAAGAACGCGUUCGUGAUGUGCUGACCGCGCAAGGCAUCCGGAUCUACCAGCCACCUAUCGAGACGAGCGAGACUGAGCAGACUGCCGAGCACGCCAAGCUACUUACUUCAAUGAUGCCCUUUUCUAUCAUUGGCUCGACCGACGAUGUCAAGACGGCGGAUGGCCGAACGGUCAAGGGACGAGAGUACCUGUGGGGCGUCGCAGAGGUCGAAAAUGAAGAGCACUGCGAUUUCAAGAAGCUGCGCUCGCUGCUCAUUCGCACGCACAUGCUCGAUUUGAUUCAUACGACUGAGCAAGGCCAUUACGAAACUUAUCGACAAGCUCAAAUGGAGACACGCAAGUUUGGCGAGCCCAAAGUCAAGAAGCUCGACAAUCCCAAGUUUAAGGAGGAGGAAGAGGCGUUGCGCAAGAGAUUCACCGAGCAGGUCAAGCUCGAGGAGGCACGAUUCAGACAGUGGGAGCAGCACCUCAUCGCCGAGCGCGACCGUCUUAACAAAGACCUCGAGCAAGCGCACUCGCAGAUCAAAAGUCUGGAGGCAGAUCUAGACAGCAUGCAAGGCGGAUACGGCGCGACGACAAUCUGCAACGUAAUGCGACAACAUCUUAGUCAAGGACUUUGGGCGAGCUCGUCUCCUGUAGUGUAG